UUUCUGGUCAUAGUUCCUCCAGUAGUGAGUGUGACAGUUGAUGUUGCUCCUGUCAUUGGGGAGAAUGAGGUUGUCUUGGCAACCUGUGUGGCUGCUGGUGCCAAGCCACAGGCAGAAGUGAGGUGGAAGACGGGUGCAUUUGGCAGUUUGUUGAGGACAGUGACUAACUUCACACAGCACGCCAACGGAACCACCACAGUACUCAGCCACCUGCUCGGGGUACCAACCAAGGCAGCCAAUCAUCAGCAGGUCCAGUGUGUGGUCAACCAGUCUGCCCUGGCAACAGAGAAGACCUACAACUUCAGCAUAAACAUCCACUAUCCACCUCAGUCAGUGAACAUUACCCUUAGUGAGGCCUCUAAAGCCACAGUCUUCCUUUGUGUAGCAGACAGCAACCCACACCCCAACUACACCUGGAGCAGGGUGGUCCAGCCACGGCCUGGGUCUUCAGUGAGAGCUGAGGGAGACAUACUGCACCUCUUCAGUCUCAACUCUGAGCUGAAUGGUCUCUAUGUCAGUGAGGCCUCCAACCCCUAUGGACAAGCAACUGGCUCCAUCUAUGUACACACAUCCUCUGAGACCUCUGCUGCCUGUUGGGUUCUACUCGUUGUUAUUCUCUGUCUGAUUGUUGCUGUGGCUGCACUCAUAUGGUACCGGUGCAAAUACGACAGUUUCCUUGGAGUUCAUUCAUGGCCAAGGCACCAGAACACAUAUGCUACUGUAUCAGUAUCUUCCAAGACGAGGAGACAUGACAAGGUUGAGGAAGGUGAAGAUGACUCAUUGACUGCAACUGUCCAAACCAGGAAGGAGCCUGAGGAAGAGGAAGAAGUAUCAUGAUAUCCACCUCAGUCAGUGAACAUUACCCUUAGUGAGGCCUCUAAAGCCACAGUCUUCCUAUGUGUAGCAGACAGCAACCCACACCCCAACUACACCUGGAGCAGGGUGGUCCAGCCACGGCCUGGGUCUUCAGUGAGAGUUGAGGGAGACAUACUGCACCUCUUCAGUCUCAACUCUGAGCUGAAUGGUCUCUAUGUCUGUGAGGCCUCCAACCCCUAUGGACAAGCAACUGGCUCCAUCUAUGUACACGCAUACUCUGAGACCUCUACAGCCUGUUGGGUUCUACUCAUUGUUAUUAUCUGUCUGAUUGUUGCUGUGGCUGCACUCAUAUGGUACCGGUGCAAAUACAGACAGUUUCCUAGGAGUUCAUUCAUGGCCAAGGCACCAGAACACAUAUGCUACUGUAUCAGUAUCUUCCAAGACGAGGAGACAUGACAAGGUUGAGGAAGGUGAAGAUGACUCAUUGACUGCAACUGUCCAAACCAGGAAGGAGCCUGAGGAAGAGGAAGAAGUAUCAUGAUAUCCACCUCAGUCAGUGAACAUUACCCUUAGUGAGGCCUCUAAAGCCACAGUCUUCCUAUGUGUAGCAGACAGCAACCCACACCCCAACUACACCUGGAGCAGGGUGGUCCAGCCACGGCCUGGGUCUUCAGUGAGAGUUGAGGGAGACAUACUGCACCUCUUCAGUCUCAACUCUGAGCUGAAUGGUCUCUAUGUCUGUGAGGCCUCCAACCCCUAUGGACAAGCAACUGGCUCCAUCUAUGUACACGCAUACUCUGAGACCUCUACAGCCUGUUGGGUUCUACUCAUUGUUAUUAUCUGUCUGAUUGUUGCUGUGGCUGCACUCAUAUGGUACCGGUGCAAAUACAGACAGUUUCCUAGGAGUUCAUUCAUGGCCAAGGCACCAGAACACAUAUGCUACUGUAUCAGUAUCUUCCAAGACGAGGAGACAUGACAAGGUUGAGGAAGGUGAAGAUGACUCAUUGACUGCAACUGUCCAAACCAGGAAGGAGCCUGAGGAAGAGGAAGAAGUAUCAUGAUGUAUGGAACAAUAUACCUUAUUUGUUUUUUUUGGAAACAUUUUAUUUUUCAUGUUUUAUAGAUUGUCUGUUCAUUAAGUAUAUUUAUUGUGUCAGCUCGAAGAAAUCGCCGGACAGGUUUUAAGUGAAUGCCAGAAAAAUCUCAUUCUCCAAUGUUCUAACCAUCUGCAAAGAACAGGCACAUUAUCCUUAGUGGCGCAGUGGUCUAAGGCACUAGAGAUCCUGGUUUGAGUACAGGCUCUGUCACGACCGGGAGAUCCAUGGGGUGGCGCACAAUUGGCCGGGUUAGGGGAGGGUUUGGCUGGCAGAGAUGUCCUUCUCCCAUUGCGCUUGAAUGACUCCUGUGGCGGGCUGGGAGCAUGCACGCUGACACGGUCGCCAGGUGUACAGUGUUUCCUCUGACACAUUGGUGUGGCUGGCUUCCGGGUAAAGCAGGCAUUGUGUCAAGAAGCAUUGUGGCUUGGUUUUGUUGUGUUUCAGAGGACGCAUGGCUCUUGGCCUUUGCCUCUCCUGAGUCUUACGGGAGUUGCAGCGAUGAGACAAGACUGUAACUACCAAUUGGAUACCACGAAAUUGUGGAGAAAAAUAUAUAAAAAUAAAACAGAAUUAGCACAUUCUCCAACCAUCUAAUGAACAAUAUCUUCUAGGUCAUUGGAAACCUUGACUCCACCACAGCUUCACCCAGUGCUGGUCCUUGUUUCAGAGUUUUGUUCCCCUCUCGUGGACUCCACCUUGUCAUGGUGAAGGGUCUUUGUUGCUUCAGUGGGAAUAACAACUCUCCUGUAUUGAUGUACAGUAUGUAUGUAUGUACGGUGCUUUCAGAAGUAUUCAUACCCCUUGACUUAUUCCAUAUUUUAUUGUGUUACAGCCUGAAUUUCAAAUGGAUUAAAAAAAUGUUUCUCACUCAUCUACACAUAAUGUCAAAGUGAAAACCUCUUUCUUUAAAUGUUUGCAUAUUUAUUGAAAAUUCAAUACAGAAAUAUCUCAUUUACAUAAGGAUUGUGGUGCCAUUUUUCUGCUUUACCAAAUGAGGAGAGUUACAAACUACACACCAGUCAGAGUUAUACUUAAACAACAUAUUUUUUAAUAAUUAAGCUUUGCAAUAGUCCUUUUUGACUUUCAAUGAUGCGCUAUCUCUAAUGAACCAUUGAAAAGUACCACCAGAAAAGUACAAAGAUCUUUUAUAGCCAAGAUACACCCCUCUCAACUUACAUGACAAACCACAGAUCUUAGGAACAGUUCACAAAGGUUAAGAUUUCUAUGAAAGAUAUCUAUAAAACACUGCAGAAAGUUACUGCUGUGUCAACAGUUCUUAUUGUAAAGACCAGUGUCUGGCCCCCUGCUACUCCAAACUGGAACCUGUCUCACCCUGGUACGGUAUAGCACAAAAACAUUAGAUUGCACUCCUCUGUCAGUGCAAUCUCAUAGAGGCCCAUCCUCAGUGGAACACACACACACAAUACUCUAUUCUGUCGAAUGUAACAACUAUUAUAAUGUAAUACAAGCAUUAUAACAAUCCUACAAGCAUUAUAACAUAAACUUGCAAUUUUCCACGACAGGAUUCACACCCAAGUCAAUACAUGCUAUAAUCACCUUUAGCAGUGUCUUUCUGGGUAAGUCUUAAUUUAACUAAAAACUGUAACUAUGCCACUCCCAAACAUGUAAUGUCGUCUUGGUAAGUAACUCUAAUGUAUAUUUGGUCUUGUGUUUUAGGUUAUUGUUCUGCUGUAAUGGUAAUUUCUCUCCCAGUAUCUGUUGGAAAUCUGACUAAACCAGGUUUUCCUCUAGGACACUGCCUGUGCUUAGCUCUACUCCAUCUAUUUUUAUUUUAAAAAACUCCCUAGUACUUGCCGAUGACAAGCAUACCCAUAACAUGAUGCAGCCACCACCAUGCUUGGAAAUACAGUAUGAAGAGUGGUUCUCAGCGAUAUUUUGUGUUGGAUUUGCCCAUAACAUAAUACUGUGUAUUCAGGACAUAAAGUUAAUUUCUUUUCACUUUAGGAGGCACAUGAUGCAUAUUUUUGAAUAUUUUUUUCUGUACAAGUUUUCUCCUUUUCACUCUGUCAUUUAGGUUAGAAUUGUGGAGUAACUACAAUGUUGUUGAUCCAUCCUCAGUUUUCUCGUAUCACACCACUAAACUCUGUAACUGUUUCAAAAACACAAUUGGUCUAAUGAUGAAAUCCCUGAGCGGUUUCCUUCCUCGACUACGGCAACUGGGUUAGGAAGGACGCCUGUAUCUUUGUAGUGACUGUGUGUAUUGAUACACCAUCCAAAGUGUAAUUAAUAACUUCACCAUGCUCAAAGGGAUAUUCAAUGUGUCUGCUUAUUUUUACCAGUCCACCAAUAGGUGCCCUUCUUUGCAAGGCAUUGGAAAACCUCCAUGGUCUUUGUGGUUAAAUCUGUGUUUGAAAUUCACUGCUAGACUGAGGGACCUUAUACACUGCUCAAAAAAAUAAUGGGAACACAAAACUAACACAUCCUAGAUCUGAAUGCAUGAAAUAUUCUUAUUAAAUACUUUUUUCUUUACAUAGUUGAAUGUGCUGACAACAAAUUCACACAAAUUAUCAAUGGAAAUCAAAUUUAUCAACCCAUGGAGUUCUGGAUUUGGAGUCACACUCAAAAUUAACGUGGAAAACCACACUACAUUUACAUUACAUUUAAGUCAUUUAGCAGACGCUCUUAUCCAGAGCGACUUACAAAUUGGUGAAUUCACCUUCUGACAUCCAGUGGAACAGCCACUUUACAAUAGUGCAUCUAAAUCAUUUAAGGGGGGGGGGUGAGAAGGAUUACUUUAUCCUAUCCUAGGUAUUCCUUGAAGAGGUGGGGUUUCAGGUGUCUCCGGAAGGUGGUGAUUGACUCUGCUGUCCUGGCGUCGUGAGGGAGUUUGUUCCACCAUUGGGGGGCCAGAGCAGCGAACAGUUUUGACUGGGCUGAGCGGGAACUGUACUUCCUCAGUGGUAGGGAGGCGAGCAGGCCAGAGGUGGAUGAACGCAGUGCCCUUGUUUGGGUGUAGGGCCUGAUCAGAGCCUGGAGGUACUGCGGUGCCGUUCCCCUCACAGCUCCGUAGGCAAGCACCAUGGUCUUGUAGCGGAUGCGAGCAUCAAC